GCAAACAAGCGUUACAAACCGGUCUAGUCAUCAGUGCUACACGAGCAUCUCAUCGAGAUACACGGUCGUGCAAUUUCUUCAUUGAGUAUCAAGUCAAGGGCAACGCAAUAAUGAGGCUUAACAGUAUCAUACCGAAUUUUAAGGCUGAGACCACACAGGGUCCCAUCGAUUUUUACGAAUGGCAAGGCAACUCAUGGGUGGUUCUAUUCUCCCAUCCUGCAGACUUCACUCCUGUGUGCACUACCGAAUUGGGUCGUAUUGCCGUGCAUCAGCCACACUUUCAGAAACGCAAUACCAAGCUGCUUGCUCAUUCAGUUGACAAGCUCAAGGACCACGUGGACUGGGUCAAUGAUAUUAAGUCGUACUGCAGAGACAUUCCUGGCGCUUUCCCGUAUCCUAUCAUUGCCGAUCACGAUCGUAAGCUUGCCAUAAAACUGGAUAUGAUCGACGAACAAAGCAAGGACGAUCCGGAAACCGCUCAGACUGUUCGUGCUCUGUACAUUAUCAGUCCGGAUCAUCGUUUGCGACUCUCCAUGCAAUAUCCGACCUCCACUGGACGCAAUGUCGACGAGAUAUUGCGUGUGAUCGAUUCGUUGCAGCUCGUUGAUAAACGACCAGAAGUAGCAACUCCCGCUAAUUGGGUGCCUGGUGAGAAAGUAAUGAUCCUGCCGACAGUGAAGGAAGAGGAUCUUCCAAAUCUCUUCCCAGGAGGUGUCGAUCGUGUGUCUAUGCCCUCUGGAAAAGUCUACGUUCGCACUACCACUGAUUAUUAAUCGAGAACGUUUUCUCUAUCCACACAAAUAUAUUUCUCACUUGCUUCUAAUUUCUUUAUCUGAAUAGUUUUGAUUUAAUCCCUUAAAGCAAAUCUAAUAGAUUUCAAGCAGAUUGUAUCUCGAUGAAAAGUUUUUUUAAAAAUUACAUUUGAACAUUAAUUUUUAAUAUCUUAUAAAAUUCUUUCCCCAAAUUCUAAUUUUUUUAAGUUGUCGAUCUAGAUUACUCGGUUACCUCUUGAAUUUGUCAGAUAUUUUCUAAAUUUUGUUAUCUAUUAAUCAUGAUAUUCUUAUAUAUUUUCUUUCUAUCUGUAUAAAAAUAUUACAGAUUGCUGCUAAAAUUAUUUACUAAUUAUUUUUUCCAACAUCUUAUAAUUGAUAUCGAAUUAUUCAAAUUGUCAAAACAAAUAGACUAAAAUAUAUUCGAGGUACUUGCCACAUUUUCCGGAAGUUUGUGCCCAGGCAAAUAUUUAACAUUCUCGUGAAGAGUGUUGAUUAUGUCGGUCAGUUUUUCAUUGUUGAUAAUCUCCUCGUACACAUACAUCGUUACUCGUGUCUCGAAUAUAUUAUUGUAUUUCGUGACAUUCGCCCCGACGAUUUUUGCGAUUGCCGAGCCCCUAGAACGAUUCAUCGCAUAUAUAACAAGAUUCUUCAAAUGAAUAACAUGUUACUGUCCAUUAAUAUAACUUUUGGUUAAUAAUAUUCAUAUAUUAGCAAAUAUGAUGAUUAUAAGUACAUAUAUAUAUAAUUCGAUUAGUGAAACAUUUUGUAUAUAAUAAUUAUUAAUUAUGAUGAAAAAAGUGAAAUUAAAUUGUAAUAUUUAAAUUUCAUUUAUUAAAUUUGUGCGGUCGCGUGUUGCGCGUCCUCGAAAUUAUAAUGCAACGAGUUAAUUUUGGAACAAUAAACAGAUAGUGGAGCACAAU